GCGCGCUCCCUGCGGAUGACGCGAACACGCGCGGGGGGUGGGGGCAAUGGCACGCGCCGCCGUUGCCUUUCCCACCGCGAGGCACUCAGGGCAGUGUUAGGGAGGGAGGGAAAGUACGCGCAUGUAACUCGGUUCCUUGCAACUUUACACGGACGCCUUCGGCUCCCGCACUGGGAUGGGACUUAUUUGAGAUCUGGUACUCUGCCGUGUCAUUGGACGAAAAUGAAAAGCUUAAAAGCCAAGUUCAGAAAAACUGAUGUACAUGAGUGGAACAAAAAUGAUGAGCGACUACUGCAAGCUGUGGAGCAUGGCGAUGCCGAGAAAGUGGCAGCUCUCUUGGGCAAAAAAGGGACCAGUCCCGUCAAGCUGGAUGGCGAGGGGAAAUCUGCUUUUCACUUGGCUGCCACCAAGGGACAGGUGGACUGUUUGGGAGCAAUGCUCACUCAUGGCAUUGAUCUAAAUGUACUGGAUGGUUCAGGCUCGAAUGUGUUGCACCUUGCGUCAAAGUUCAGUCAUCAAGAGUGUGUGAGAAAGAUCUUGCAGUACAAAUGUCCAGUGGAAUGUACUGACAGUAAUGGGAAAACAGCAUUGCACCAUGCAGCUACAAGUGGUUCUAUUUUUAUUGUUCAACUACUGUGUGAACACAAGUGCCCUGUUAACACUAAAGACGCUGAAGGCUUUACACCACUGAUCCAGGCUGCACAAGGCAACCAUGCUGAUGUGUGUCUUUAUCUGAUAGACCAAGGAGCAGAUGUGGAUGCACGAGACAAGAAUGGCAGGACUGCUUUAAUGCUGGCCUGUGAACAUGGUAGUGGAAAUGCUGUCGAGAUUUUAGUCAAGAAGGGUGCCAGUCUGAAGUUAGUAGAUGCAUUGGGUCAUGAUGCACUUCAUUACUGCAAGCUCGCAGGAAAUGCCGAUAUCCUAAAUCUCCUUCAGGCUGCACUUAAAAAGGUCCCCGAGGAUCCUGAUAUGAAAUCUGCACAAAUAUCCAAACAGCUGGAUCCUGGCAUUAAAUUCUAUACAGAUAGAAGUGGAACUCCCAAAAAACGAAAAGCACCGCCACCACCAACCAGUGUUACACAGGGUCUCCAGUCAAGUGAGGCGCCUUUGCCAGAAUCCCACACUUCUCAUUCAUCAAAACCUGAGCCAUCCGAAGAGGAAGCAACAUCUAUUAAGGAAGAAGAGAAAAAUGAUGAAAUGAGAAAACUUAAAGCAGAAAAGGCAAAUCUGUUGGAGGUGAUACACAACCUAAAUCAACAACUGCGGGACAAAAACUUGCAAGAGGCACAGCAGAAUGACCUCACAAGAAAAGUGUGUCGGAAUAGUGAAGAAAUGCCAGUGGAAUCAAAAGGUAGUGAAAAUGAAGGAACAUUAAAAUCUAGUGUUGAAGGACAUGACCAGAUAAUGGCAUUGCAGUCACAAAUUGCUUCUCCAGCAGUGCAAAAUAAAGAGCUGUGGGACACACUACAGGUAAAGGAAAAAGGGGCAAGCAUAAAGUUAGAGGAUGAACAAUUGAGACCAAAUGUAGCAGUACCACUUGACCUAAAUCUUAAUUCAGCUGAUGCAUACAGUACACUUGAAGCUAAUUACAUCCAAUUAAAGGAAAUGUAUAAAAAAGCUGAAGCUGAAAUUACUAAUCUAAAAGCUGAGAUCUUUUCAAACAAGUCUAAUACCACAGUAAGAACUGAUGCUUUAAGUAACAGUCAUUCCAAUACAAAGGUAAAGGAAUUGGAUGAACCAGAGCCACAGCAUGCUUUGGCAAUGGAGUUAUUGGCUGAAUUAUCAGAGGAAAGGAUGCAGACAUUAGGAGAAAUUAAUGAGAAUGGUUAUUCCCUUGAGCAGAAGCUCCAAGAAACACAAAGUAAAUAUGAAGAGGCACUGAAGGAAUUGUCAAGUCUGCGGGCACAGGUGCAACGAGACUUGCACCUCACGGAAGAGCAUAUAUCUUUAUCAAAUUUGGAAAAGUUGACACAGUCCUAUGAAGAUGAGUUAGAGGAAAUGAAGCAGCAGCUGAAACGGGCUUUGGAAGAUGAAGAAAGAGCAAAUAAUAGUGUAAGAGAAAUCCAAGAGCUCUUGGAGAUAAAAGAUAAACUGCUGUCCAAUUGCAUCUCUCAGGGAGAGUGUAAGGAGAUGAAACUAUCUCAUGCCCAACUUAUCGAGAACAUCAAUCAGGAGAAAGCUUUGCUAAUUGAGAAGUAUAAAGAAUCACAAGAGGAAAUUAAAAAGUUACAAGAAAGGCUGAACCGUCAGUCAAACUCACAAGAGAAGGAAAAUGAUUUUCAAGAAACGCUGACCACAUUAAACAAAAGAACAGAUGAACUAAAAAAUCAGCUAGCUUCAGUGACGCAACAAUAUAAUUUAGCAGAAAGUGAAUUGAAAGAGCUGAAAAGUAAAAAGGCCGAUGUAGCAUUUGAACAUGUUAAUUCAAACUAUAUCCAUAAAGAGCAACACGAACAACUAAUUGAAGUUCUUAAUGACUCCAUCGAUGAACUGAAAGACAAGCUGUCUGAACUGGAGAUGAAGCUUAAGGGAUCUGAGCAGGACAAUGCCAAAAUGCAGAGGGACCUUGAACUUCACAAACAGACUUCCAUACCUCUCUCUGAGCAUACAGAAAUAACAAUGUCUCUUGAAAAUACCAUCAAGAACUUUGAUGGCAAAUUGCGGCAGAUGGAGCACAAGCUGGAACAGAAGGAAAUACAACUGAAUGUAUUAGAAGGAAAUUUGGCUACAGAGAAGGCUGCAGCUCAAGAGGCAAUGGUUCCAAAAUCAGAAUGCGAGAAGAUGAGAGCUUCAUUUGAAGCUGAAUCAAAACGGUUGGCUGCUAAAGUAAGUGAUUUAUUGAAGGAGCAAGAAAAACUCUCUGCUGAAGUAGCACAGGCUAGGAAGGAGAAUCUGCUUGUGAAAAAUGAGCGAGACACAGCUCAAGCUCAGCUUUUGAGCAAAGAGCAAGAAAUCAAGAGGCUUCGCAUCAGGGGCCAUGAUAUGCAGCAAGCUAUGGAAGAAUUGCAAAAGCAGGUGAAAGAUUCCUUGAAACUAGAAGAAGAUAAAGACAGGAAGAACACUGAACUCUCGAAGGAAGUUAGCAAAUUGAAGGAGGCACUGAACAGUCUCUCUCAACUUUCCUAUACUGCAAACACUGUCAAGAGGCAAAACCAACAACUAGAGGUUCUUCAGCAGCAAGUAAAACAUUUACAGCACCAGCUAUCUGAAGCGAAUCAACGACACCAUGAAGUAGUAUCUGUCUAUCGUAUGCAUCUUCUGUAUGCUGUACAGGGUCAAAUGGAUGAAGAUGUUCAGAAAGCUCUGAAACAGAUUUUGACCAUGUGCAAAGCUCCAACACAAAUGAAGUAAAAUGUAUAACAUCACCUAAGUAUGCUAAUUGCUGAAUAUUCUUUAGUCACUGCUGUUAAACAAUGAUUGUGGGAUAAUGGUUGAUUAAAGUUGCAAAGAAAAAUAAUUUUCAGAUGCUUUCUUUGUUCAACCUACUAGCUGUGUCUUCCUUGUCAUCGUGUUUCAUGGUAUGUAGCCUGUACGUUUGUUCAAAUCUGCCCAUGGUGAAUUUCUGUGGGAACAUAAUAGUUUAUAGAACUUCAUUAUGCUAUGUCUGUUAAUACUCAUUUAGUGUAAGUAUGGCAAAAUCAUGAUAUUGUUGGUUAUGGUAAUAACCAGAAACAACUAAGAUCAGAUAUGUACUAGUAAAAAUAGAUGAUAAAUUAUAGCAUGUGCUGUUUUGAGAUGCAGACACAGAAUACAGUGAUGAAGCUUAAAGCCAUCUUGUCAUCCCAAACAGUGCAUGUAACCCUUGGGGAGCUGUGCCAAAUAAGAGAAAAACAGGGAAAUUAGCUGAAAGAUUUGGGUUGGAGUUGUAGAUAGAAGUUAGUGUCAAGAUUAGAUAAAGAUGGGUUACAUGAAAAUCAGUUGUAAAAUUCUGCACGGUUUUUUUUUUGACUAAUGUUGCUCCAGGGAUCACAGCAACAUUGUUUUUCCCUUUUUUUAUCUUUGUCAGCCUAGUUAGUGAAGUCUUGCUAUUAUUCUUCUUUUGAAGCAUUCCAGUUUAAAUCUGCUUCCCCUCUUCCCCACCCCCCUCCACCCCUAAUGGUGCAUUCAUUGCUCAGUCAACUCCACGGCCCAUCCUGUUAUCUCAACAUGAUGCAGAAGUUGAAAAGCAAUUUCUUUUGCUCCAUCGUAAGUUUUUUUUUGUAAAACCUUAUUUAUUUGGUUUAAAUUAAUUAUUUCCUUGUACUUAUCCAACGAAACUAUUUUAUGCAUUUUGAGAAAUAGUUACUGAUAAUCACUUGUCACUAGUUAGUAGCUUAAUGCAUUGGUUCAUUUCUAGAAAAUCGAAUGGCAGACCUUUUGAAGGUUUGAAACAGUACCUGGGAAGUCAAGCCAUUAUUCAAUUAUAUGAAUACAAUAUGCUACAUAAAGGCUAUACAGUGUACAGUAAAUUUUGGUAGAUCUAUACAAAACUGCAAUUGCAACUUAUUAAUUGUACCAUUUGUAUAGUUAAGUGAUAGAUUUGUAAAUUAAAUGAUUAUUGACAAGUUUUUUUUUACUUAUUCUGUAAUCCUGUGUGACCUUCUCUAAAUCAGGAACAGAUAACAAAUUAGUUGCUAAAAUAAAAUAGUUUCAGUAUUUACAGCACAGUGCUGCAUGUAAUAUUUGAUCUGAUAGCAUAUUUAAUACUAAUCUAAACAAUGAACAGAUUUGCAUGUCACAUUCGUGUGUCUAUGUAAUAUCUGACCAUUCACAUCAUGACACUGAGAAAAUAAAUCAUAGUUGUUAAACUCAAUAUUACAUUAAAAGAGUUACAUUAAAAAUAAUGCACAAAUACAUUUUACUAAGUAACUGGAUUAGAUAGUCAACUUGUUUUUUUUAUUAAAUUAGAUAUUCCAGCAUGGUCAGCAUUAUAAUCCACAUUUCAGUUCAGAUUGUAGAUUAUUUGAUUAAAAUUGGCAACAUUGGAAGAUCAGUCUUGGAAGAAGAAUUAUUUUAAAUACAAUUAAAAUCAUUUGGGGGGGGGCGGGGGAGUGCAUAAAAUAGUCGUCAUGGAGUACUGAACUGAACUUGGUGUACUGAGCUUGGUGAAAAGCUAAAUACAAACUAACUUGAAUAAUCAUACAUAACAACAUCUUGCAAUUGGAGUUGUGUGAACUAACCUAGUGUUGAUAGUGAGAUUAUACUGUUUUUCUAAGCAAACAAAGCAUGGAAUAAUUAAUAGUCGGCAUUUAUAUUGUGCAUUGUCCCACUGGAAUUGUUUGCACAUGUAAUUUUGAGCUUUUUGUGAACUACUUGCUUAUAUUUGUUUUUAAAAAUGUUUUAACCUACUCUUCUAAAAUAUGCAAAGAAAUUUACAGUUUUAAAACAAAUGUGCUAGACAAGGGUAUUUUUAAUUCACAUUCAAUAUUUUCUUUAAAAUUGCUUUAUUGCCUGUUUAUAUUAAACCACCACUAAACAUUGACUGUUCAAGUUCAAUUUUAUUUUCAUUCUACCUUAUACAUGUAUACUACUAAAUGAAGCAAUGUUCCUUCAGACCAAGGUGCAAACCUCAAUACGUAUAACUCACACAUACAACACUUAAAGUAAUAUUACCACAAUUAAAUUAACAAAUAAAAAUAUAGAUUCCAGAAGACCUACAUUUAGCAUAAGGUGCAUUUAAAAUGUGAACAAUGUAACACUGCCUGCACAGUACAAAUUAACAUAAAAUAGGGAUUUCUUGCCAGGGUACUUCAGAUUUCCCUAUAAUGAGUAUAGGACAAAUUUUAUUUGAUUGUCUUGAAAUUCAGUGUGUAAUAGAUUAAUAUGAAUAUUCAAGGCAACAUAGCAGUUAAUUAAGUCUAAUGCAGAAUUGUACACGACAUUGUAAAACUAAAGGAAAUGCAAGCUGCAAGAAUGACAGGAGGACAAGAUAUAGGUUUAGAUUUCUGCCCUUAAUGAAAUAAUGCUUACUCUCCAGUUGGUCUGCCAAGUACUGAUUUGACAUCCAACAGUAGAAGAGGGAGUCUCCCCUCUACCCAGUUAUAAAAGUGCCUUCAGUGACUCUCUGAAAGAUAACUUGGGCGAUGUUCCAUGUCCGCAGCCCUCCUGUUGCCCAUGGACCAUCCAAACCAAAUGGAACAGUGAAAAAGCAACUUGCCUACACCUUUAUUUUUUUUUUCUUAAUUUUGUGUAUUGUCUAUUCAAUACUUUAAGAUCACUGAUCUUAAACACAAGGUGCUGGAAGUCCAGAGCAGCAGACACAAAAUGCUGGAGCAACUCAGCAGGUCAGGCAGCAUCUAUGGAGGGGAAUAAAGGGUCAACAUUUUUCAGACAAGAUCCUUCAUCAGAACUGGAAACAAAGGGGGUAUAAGCCAGAGUAGGAAGGUUUAGGGAGGGGAAGAAAUACAAACUGGCAGGUGAUAGGUGAAGCUGAGUGAGGGAGAAGGUGGAUAAAGUGAGAAGCUAGUAAGUGAUGGGUAGAAUAGGUAAAGGUCCAAAGAAGUAGUAAUCUUGACAGAAGAGGAGUGUGAAUAAUGGGAGAAAGAGGAUGAAGAGGGAGAUGGUAAGCAGAAGAGAAGGGCUAGGAGGGGAACCAGAAUGGGAAAUGGAAAAUGAGAGGAGGAGGGGG